AUGGUUGGACCAUCCGAAGGCGAGGUGUGCGGGCGGUUGGAAGGAGGAAGUCUCCCGGGGGAGGUUUUGGGGCGGAGGACAGCGAAGGACUGCGCCCAGGAGGGUGGCCGGCUGCGGGAGGAGGACUUGGGUUCGGGCUGCUGCAGCUGGGUGGCCAGUGCCGCGGCGGCCCCUCCCCCGCUCUCCCUGGCCGCCGCCCCCUCCUCCUCCCGUCCUCCUCCUCCUCUCCCUCCUCCCGGUCCCCCAUCCUCCUCCCGGCCCCCGGCAGCUGAGCAGCCGGCGGCGCCGCGGCCGCGCAGCCUUUGUCUCGGGCCGCCGGGCGCGCAGGGCCCAGCGCAGGCAGGCCACGCGGGGACGGAGGAGGCAGAGAGGACGGGCUGUGAUGGAGAAACGGGAGAGGAGCCGGCCAAGCGCCACCGUCACCACCAUCACCAACCACCACCACCACCAUCACCAUCACUGACUGUCGCCCAUCCCAGCUCCCCUGCCUCACCUCCCAUCUCAUAUCCCUGUGCAGUGCCAACUUUAUCAGAUCAUCUCCUUUUCACUGGGUACUACUUUGGAAAAGCGACAGAGUGCGCCAAGUCAGAAAUAAGUACAUCCGCUGUGGGACAUUUAUCUUCCCCUUUCUAUUUAGCUACCUCAAUUAUCUCAUCAGGAAAGGGGGCACAAUGGCAUUUCAUUCCUCUAAAUCACACUGAGAUGGCUGGGUUGCUUCCAGUUUUUCCAGUCCUGGCCCUGGACGGUUAUAUAUGCUUGGUGAUGAUGAUGAUAAAGUAAUGUCUUCAUUAAAUUGGACAGUUGGGAGUUUUCAGACUUACUCUUCUUUGACUUCUGAGUGUCAGUAUACCAGUAGCAAAUAGAAACAUAAGGAAAGUGAAACUUUGACUAUCAUAAUACCAAGAAUAGAUGCAAAACAGGCACUUUUGUAGGGACGUCACCCAAGAGAGCUGCAGGCAAUGGUUUUCAUCUGCAGUGUAGAAAGCACCCCAUCAGUGCCAAGUGGCUGUGGGGAGCUCCUCAAUCUGGAUGCACAGUUUCCCGUGGGGUUUUCACCCUACCUAAAGAAUGCUUUAAUUGCCGUUUUUCAAAAUUGGCUUUCACCAGGCCCCAGGGACGGCUGACCAGUCAGAACAAACACAGGGACAGAGCCCCAGGGCUGUUGGGAAGCCCAGCACCAGAGGGCAUGAACCUUCUUAGGAGAAGUAAAACUUACAAAAAACAAGCUCUUAAACCCUCCGCCUUUUCCCCUAUUGGUUAGAAAGUGAAUCUUAAACUGUGUUUUAUGUCCUAGUCUAAUAAAAGACAGCUAGACAAGCCUAUGUUUCUUGACAUGCUUGGAAAAUCUUCCUGAAAAGUCAUGCAGCAGGGCUUUUUCUUUUUUCUUUUUUUUUUUUUUUUCGACUGAGUCUCACUCUGCCUCUCAGGCUGGACUGCAGUGGCACGAUCUCAGCUCACUGCAACCUCCGCCUCCUGGGUUCAAGUGAUUCUCCUUCCUCAGCCUCCCGAGUAGCUGGGAUUACAGGUGUGGGCCACCAUGCCUGGCUUUUUGUAUUUUUAGUAGAGACGGAGUUUUACCAUGUUGGCCAGGCUGGUCUUGAACUCCUGACCUCAGGUGAUCUGCCCGCCUCAGCCUCCCGAAGUGUUGGGAAUACAGGCGUGAGCCACCACGCCCAGCCAGGGCUCCUUUUUAGUAGGGCUAUGGAGUCCCCCACCUGGUGUUUUUUUUUUUUUUUUUUUUUUGUCCUGUGUCCUGUUUUUACAAUUCAAGAAGGAAAGUGAUCAUAUUAAAAAUAAUGUGAACCCAGCUGAGCUGCAUUUGUCAUUACCAUAGUUUAAGAUUUCUCAAAUGUCGAAGUAUAAUUAUAUGUCAUUAACUCAAACCUCUCUAAUUUGUGAAGUAGGGUUUUAAAUAGGGUAUGUAAUUCUCUGGAGAAUGACUCUGAAAUCAUUCUGAGGACCUGAAGUUUAAGUAAGGCAUAGUCAGUCUAAAACAAUGACAUUUUCAGAACAAAGACUUGAAGAAUUAUUUAGCUAUGUUUUUAAUUCUGGAUCUUUAGGAAAUAAUUAGCCUCUCAAGGAAGCUUCAUGCCAAUGAUAGUGUCUUAGUCUUUUGGGUCUGCUAUCACAAAAUGCCUUAGACUGGGUGAUUCUGAACAAGAGAAAGGUAUUGCUCACAGUUCUUGAGUCUGGCAAGUCAUGGAUCCAGGUGCUGUGGAUUCAGUGUCUGGUGAGGGCUAGCUCUCUGCUUCAUAGAUGGCACCUUCUGUGUGUCCUCACAUGGUACAUUGGGCACACAGGCUCCCUUGGGCCUCUUUUAUAAGGGCACUAAUCCCAUUCAUGACAUUGGGCAUUCAGAAGCUAAUCUCCUAAAGUCCCACCUCUUGAUACCUAAUCUUUGGGUAUUAGGUUUCAACAUAUGAAUCUGUGGGGACACCAACAUUCAGACUGUGACAGGUUGGCAUUGAGUUCCAAGUUAUAUCCAACAUGCAUUGUUUUAGCCCAUACAAAUUGUUACAGCCUAUACUAAUUCUAUGUUAAUUUAAGAACAAUUCAUUUGCUUUUGUUGAGAUACGAUUUACAUACAUAAAAUGCACAACUCUUCAGUGGACAGCUUGAUGAAUUUUUGCCCAUGUGUCCCCUGCAAUAAGAUACAGACUAUUUCCACAGGCCUAGGGGAUCCCCUGAUGCCCUUUCUAGUCGGUACCCCCCCCCAACAGAGCCACUAUCCCCUCAAUGGAGCCACUAUUGAACUUCUAUCAACAUAGAAAAAUAAUUUCUUUUAAAAUAAUUUCUAAGUAGUUUAUUUUGCAUUUCACUCCAUUAAAUGCAAUUGGCCUAUUCCUUAAAUGCAUUUGGCCUAUUCCAUUUAUGACCAAAUCCGGGGGCCCUGAGCCCAGUGCUCUGUAGACAUGAGACUGUAUAGACCUGAGACAUGUUAUUAUUAGCACAUAAGGCAAAAACUUCAACAAGCAGAAGCAAUACCCUGUAUGCAGAUACAGAGGGUUAGGGGAACCCAUGAGAGUCUGGGUCUAACCCAGUUUUAUUUUGUUUGUGAGGGGAAAGGGAAGGCUUUUUGGAGGAUGUGAAUUUUAAGUUGAAAAUGGAAAAUUGAGUAGAAGUGAUCCAGCUAAAAUGUGGUAGGGGGAAAAUUAAAGCCUAUUCUAGGUGGAAGGAACAUCUUGAAUUCCAGCCUCAGAAAUAAGACAGCAUGGAGUGUUCGAAGAGCAAAGCUAAGUUGAAGAUGCUUGGAGUAUAGAGCUGUGGGAGAAAAGUGGGAAAUAAUGCUGGAAAGGCCAUAGGAACCCUUUCAGAUUGACACAAAGGCCCUGCUGAGGGGUGGGCCUUGGCUGUAAGAGCUAGGAGAGCUCUAGGACAGGCCUGCAUGGUGGGCAUGGCAGAAGGAGACUUGAGGACUCAGCAGGUGGCUGUGGGGUCGGGAGAUUACAGGAGGCGUGGGCGGGGGGCCAAGUGGUCAUUCAGGUGAGAGACAGUGGUGACCUGGACUAUGCAGUGGCAACAGGAAUGGGGAGAAAUGAAUGAAAUGGAAAGAGAAUUACAGGGUAAAAUGAACACAAGUUGAUGUUUGCCAGGUGAGAAUUCAAGGAUAGCCCUUGGGUUUCUUGGAUCUUACAAAAUGGAUGGAUAAUGGUACUCUUGGAAAGAUGGGAGAAGAAUCUUGUAUAUAUAAUAUCCUCCUUUGUUAUGUUUCUUUCUGUGUGGACUUAGUUUCGGUUGCAAGUUAGUGUGAUGCAUUCAGGUACAAAUAUCUACUGGGGACUUGUAACUCAUACUGACUGAGCACACUCCAUAUGCCAGGCAUGCUCUGUCACUUAGGAUGCAGUCGUGAACAAGAUGAUGAAAACCCUGCCUUUAUGAAACACAGGUGGGAGCUGCAGCCUGAGGACCCACAAGGUUUAAGUGGCGACAGAAGGCUUCAGAGUGAAUGAGAUGGCUCAGUCAGAUUUCAGUGAAAGAGCAGCAGCCCAGCAUAAAAUCUCAAGAACACUAAGAGACUAAGAAGGAACAGAGAAGAGAUGGCAAGGAAAGCAAGAGAAGUUGGGCUUCACAGGCCUAGGGAGUGAUCCCUAGUGUCAUACACAACUGUGAAGUUAAGGGAGAUGAGGACUAGAGAUGAUCUAUUGCAGCGUUUCUCAAAGUAGGGUCCCCAGACCAGCAGCAGCAGCACCAGGAGCUUGUUGCAGUUGCAGAUUCUUGAGAUCUACUCCAGACCUGGUGACUCUGGGAGCUCUAAGGGAAGGGCUUAGCAAUCUUUGUUUUAACAAGGUUUCCCAGUGAUCCUGAUGUAUGCUAAUGUUUGAGCACCACAGCUCUAUUGUGUUAAUUGAUAAGUCACUGGUGAUGCAGAAACUUGGUGAAAGUAACUUCAUAACAUUUACACCCUGUUUGGGCAAAUUUUUAAAAUGUUUCGUGGGACUGUUAAAGUUUUAUUCUAUUUGUUUAGAAAUUUCAAAUGUUUUAUUUUCUUUUGCAAUAAAAAUGUUUUUAUUUU